AUGUCGAUCUGUGAGAGAUCGGUUACUGAGGCGGCUGGGAACGUCAACAUUAUGGUAGCACAGCAGAAGAAUUUGGAAGGUUACGUGGGCUUUGCCAAUCUCCCCAACCAAGUUUACAGAAAGUCUGUGAAGAGGGGGUUUGAGUUCACUCUAAUGGUAGUGGGUGAGUCGGGACUGGGGAAGUCAACGUUGAUCAACUCACUGUUUCUCACAGACUUGUAUUCUGCUGAGUACCCUGGACCUUCUCACAGAAUUAAGAAGACUGUGCAGGUGGAGCAGUCUAAGGUCUUGGUAAAGGAAGGUGGAGUUCAGCUUCUACUCACUAUCGUGGACACCCCAGGAUUUGGAGAUGCUGUGGACAACAGUAACUGCUGGCAGCCAGUUAUCGAUCACAUCGACAGUAAGUUUGAGGACUACCUCAACGCAGAGUCCCGCGUCAACAGACGUCAAAUGCCUGACAACAGAGUGCACUGCUGUCUGUACUUCAUCGCCCCCUCUGGACACGGAUUGAAACCAUUGGAUAUUGAGUUUAUGAAGCGAUUACAUGAGAAGGUGAACAUCAUUCCCCUCAUUGCCAAAGCCGACACACUGACUCCUGAGGAGUGUCAACAGUUCAAGAAGCAGAUUAUGCGGGAAAUUCAGGAGCAUAAAAUUAAAAUCUACGAGUUUCCGGAGACGGACGAUGAAGAGGAGAAUAAGAUUGUGAAGAAGAUCAAGGAUCGUUUACCAUUGGCGGUCGUCGGUAGCAACACCAUCAUCGAGGUCAACGGCAAGCGUGUGAGGGGGAGGCAGUACCCUUGGGGCGUGGCAGAAGUUGAGAAUGGGGAGCACUGUGACUUCACAAUCUUGCGUAACAUGCUCAUCAGAACCCACAUGCAGGACCUGAAGGACGUGACCAAUAACGUCCACUAUGAGAACUACAGGAGCAGGAAACUGGCCGCCGUCACCUGUAACGGCAUGGACAACAACAAGAGUAAAGGCCAGCUCACCAAACUUGACACAGUCGAAGGCAUGAGUCCACUGGCCCAGAUGGAGGAGGAGAGGAGGGAGCAUGUGGCUAAGAUGAAGAAGAUGGAAAUGGAGAUGGAGCAGGUGUUUGAGAUGAAGGUUAAAGAGAAGAUCCAGAAACUCAAAGACUCAGAGGCAGAGCUGCAAAGACGUCACGAGCAGAUGAAGAAGAACCUGGAGGCUCAGAAUAAGGAGCUGGAGGAGAAGAGACGGCAGUUUGAGGAGGAGAAAGUCAACUGGGAGACCCAGCAACGCCUGCUGGAACAACAGAAGGAGGCCACCAGGACCUUGAACAAAAAGAAGAAGAUAUUUUAAAGUGUGUGGACCACCCCACUGUACUAGUUGCCAAUAAUGCCAGCCUGAACCGUCUGUCUGUCUGUCUGUCUGUCUGUCUAUCUGUCGAGCAAAUAAACCAAAACUUCACCCCUCGUCCUCUCUGCUGGCCUAUGCCUGCACAGAGCCAGUGGAAAGGGCACCGCCUUGUGGAGGAGGGUGUUUUGAGAGAGGGGCGAGAGAGAGAGGGUGUCCUCUAAAAUUCUCACAGUUCUAACCCACCCCAGUAUCCUAAACGACCUGACGUGACCUAACCUCUGUGUGCGAAAUCGUAACGAGGUUACGGUUUAACCGUUUGUACAAUCAUGGUUUGUUUGUUUGUUUGUUUGUUUGUUUUUUCCGUUUCAUAUUCACACGUACAGUUAAAUACAUGCAAGAAAAUAAGCAGUUCUUCCAUCACCUUCGGGAAGACCUGUGAAAUGUGCCCUGCUAAUGCUCCGCUGUUUGUUUGAAUGAGUGGGUAUUCUGGGAUAGCGUCCUUUAAAGUUUUUUCCACAGGUCAGAAAAGAGAACACCAUCCCUCUCUAAACACACGUAGACAGAUGUCCCUCUAGAACGGCUAAAGGCUGACUCACACCUCAGGCAUUCGGUCUUGUUUCAUAACUUUUUUAAAAAAAAAAAGUCUUUUUUUUGUUUUGUUUUGUUUUGUUUUGUUUUUUUCGUUUGUUUGUUUUUGCCCCCCCCCCAAAAAAACCAAAACUUUAAGCUCUUCCAUUACUUGUAAUUUAAAUGAUCUACCCAAGGACCGCAGUGUAUAACUUCAUUUAUAUAACGUCUCAUUGUACUUUUACUGGUUU